AUGUCGAGUCGUCACGAGAAAGAGAAAGGUGUUAAUGUUCAGGUUCUUCUUCGUUGUAGGCCAUUUAGUGAAGAAGAGUUACGGAACAAUGCACCACUGGUGGUGACAUGCGAUGAAUACCAGAGAGAAGUUGCGGUUUCUCAGAACAUUGCUGGGAAGCACAUUGAUAGAGUUUUUACAUUUGACAAGGUUUUUGGCCCUUCAGCUCAGCAAAAAGAUCUUUAUGAGCAAGCAGUUAUUCCCAUUGUGAAUGAAGUUUUGGAGGGUUUUAACUGUACCAUUUUUGCGUAUGGACAGACUGGUACAGGUAAAACAUACACCAUGGAAGGUGAAUGUAAAAAGUCAAAGAGUGGACCUAAUGGAGAAUUACCUUCAGAAGCAGGUGUCAUACCUAGAGCCGUGAAGCAAAUUUUUGACACACUAGAGAGCCAAAAUGCAGAAUACAGUGUGAAGGUCACAUUUCUGGAGUUGUAUAACGAGGAAAUUACUGAUUUGCUGGCCCCUGAGGAAAUUUCCAGAGUUGUUUUGGAGGACAAGCAGAAAAGACAACUGCCACUUAUGGAAGAUGGUAAAGGAGGAGUUCUUGUGAGAGGAUUGGAGGAGGAAAUUGUUACAAGUGCAACUGAGAUAUUUACUUUACUUGAAAGGGGAUCCUCAAAACGGCGUACUGCAGAAACCUUAUUAAACAAACAAUCAAGUCGGUCACAUUCUCUUUUCUCCAUAACUAUACACAUCAAAGAAUCAACCCCAGAAGGUGAAGAACUUAUCAAAUGUGGCAAGUUGAAUUUAGUUGAUUUAGCUGGUUCUGAAAAUAUUUCUCGUUCGGGUGCUAGAGAGGGUCGUGCAAGAGAAGCUGGAGAGAUAAACAAAAGUUUGCUUACUUUAGGACGAGUAAUCAAUGCUCUUGUGGAGCAUCUUGGGCACGUUCCUUACAGGGAUAGUAAGUUGACUCGUUUACUUCGUGAUUCCUUGGGGGGAAGAACCAAGACAUGCAUCAUUGCUACGGUAUCACCUGCUGUUCAUUGUCUUGAGGAGACCCUGAGCACACUGGAUUAUGCACACAGGGCAAAAAAUAUAAAGAAUAAGCCUGAGGUGAACCAGAAGAUGAUGAAAACAACUCUAAUCAAGGAUCUUUAUGGUGAGAUUGAACGGCUUAAGGCAGAGGUUUAUGCUGCUCGUGAGAAAGUUGGUGUUUAUAUACCCAAAGAGCGAUACUAUCAGGAAGAGAGUGAAAGAAAGGCAAUGGCAGAUCAAAUUGAACAAAUGGGGGUAACAAUAGAAACCUAUCAGAAGCAAAUUCAAGAUUUACAAGAUAACUAUGACACUCAGGUUCAACAAUGCUCUGAUUUGAGCAGUAAACUUGAUACCACACAGAAAAACUUGAAUCAAACUAAUAAACGCUUGGCCAUAACUGAGCAAGAAUUGAAGAGAUGCAAGUAUGCUCUCAAGGAGCGGGAUUUUAUCAUAUCUGAACAGAAAAAAGCUGAAAAUGCAUUGGCUCAUCAGGCAUGUGUUUUACGCUCUGACUUGGAGAAAUCUCAUCAGGACAAUGCUUCACUAUUUCAGAAAAUUGCUAGAGAGGACAAACUUAAUGCUGAUAACAGGUCUGUUGUGAACAAUUUCCAAGCUGAGCUCACACAGCAACUUGGUUCCCUUUGCAACAUGCUAGCCACAUCAGUAUCUAAACAAAAUGAUCAUAUCCAGUGUAUUAAGAAAUCUUGUCAGUCUUUUCUGGACGUUCAUGAUAAGGCUUUCAUUGAUUUGAAGAAGAAAGUAACUGCUUCUAGGGCCCUGUAUAUGUCUCACAAUGAGGCAUUGCAGAAUGUAGUUCGUUUGCACCAAGCAAGCUCUAAUGGUACACUAGAGGAGAUUUCAGCUUUGGCUUCAGCUAGUGCUCAUUCUAUUGAAGACUUUUUAGCUGCAGAAGCUGUGGAAACAAAUUCGAUAUAUGAUGACCUUCAGAACACCCUAUCAACUCAUCAGGAAGAAAUGACACUCUUUACAAGAGAGCUUUGUCAGAGGUUCAAAUAUAGUGUUGAGCAUACGACUAGUGUAUCCGAGUUUGUUCAUGGAUUCCUUGAUAAGCUUAUGGAAGAAUCGAAAAGGCUUGAAUGUCAUGCAACUCGAGUUGAUGAGAUUCAGACAAAGAGUAUUGCUGAAUUUCAGAAGGCUUAUGAGGAACAGUCAAAAUCAGAUGCAGAGCAGCUUAUUGCUGAUAUGACCUCUUUGGUCUCCGAUCACAUCCGUCGUCAAAAAGAGCUGGUGGACUUAAGGCUUGUUGGUCUUAGAGAAACUGUUACUGGAAAUAAAACAUUUUUGGAUGGGCAUGUUUCGUCGAUGGAAUGUAUUACAAUAGAUGCAAAAAGAAAGUGGCAGGAGUUCUCUAUGCAAGCAGAGAAAGAUGCCAAAGACGGUGCUGAUUUCUCUGCUACCAAGCAUUGUCGUAUGGAGUUGCUACUACAGAAAUGUGUGGGCACUACUGAAACGGCUCUCAAGCGAUGGCAAAAGACACAUGAGUCUGUGAAGGAAAUAGGGAGCCGACAUGUCUCAACAAUGGUCUCGCUUGUCAAGAGUGCGUCGGAUAGUAAUAAGCAACAUGAUACUGAGGUCAGUGACACAAGGGCUGCUGCUGAAGAUGAUGUAACAAAGAACAACGAUGAUAUCAUUCAGUGCUUUGAGGGUACGGCGGAGCAAGAGCGAGGAUCUAUAUCUGGAAUUCUGGAAGCUGUAAAAGCUCAUGCAAAAACGCUUGAGAUUCUCCGAGAGGAUCACUCCAUGAAGUCGGCUUCAAUAGAACAGAAGGCUCAUGAUAUUUUCCAGCAUAAAUAUAUGGAUUAUGAGUCAACUGGCUUGACACCAACUAGGUCUGAACCAGACAUCCCAUGUAAAGGGACUAUAGAGUCUCUUCGAGCCAUGCCAAUGGAGGCUCUUCAAGAGGAGUUUAGGGAAAGCCAUGCCAAUGAAGGCUCUUUUGAAGUAAAAGAACAAAAGCCAUCUCUUAUCCCACGCUCACCCCUCUCACAAGUCAACUAAUAGUUGCGAGGUUUCAUUUCAUCUGCACAGAUCAAGUUUGUCCGAUUUGUAUUUGUAUUUUUUGGCGUGUAGCGUUGUUACUAGGAUGCAACGGUAGGUUGGGCGGAACUUCAAAUUUAAACACGAUUUGGGAGGUUUUUCUUGAGAAGAUCGACUUCCACACAAACCCUUUGCUACGUUGGAGGCAGAAGAUAUGCUUGUAGGAUCAUGAGAUGUUGCUGGUGCAGCGUCUGUAAUAGGUUCAUUAGUCUGAAUCAUCCCUACCUGGGAUUGAUUAAUCUUUUUAGAUUAUCUAGGUUGUAAAUUGAGGGACAGCUCCACGGGGUAAUGUUUAAUUGUAUUGUUUAUAGCGUUCUAGUUUUGUUCUGUUCAUGAAUUUAUGCUUGGUAGUGGAUUAAAAAAUGUG